AUGAAUUUACUGAGAAUAUUGGAUGAUAAGCCUGCCCCAUCUAUUGCAGAUGCCAAAACUUUGGGUGCAUCAGGAAACACUUCUGGGGACUAUUGGUUGCCUACAACCAUGUGUCUAUACCAGAAGGAAUUAACUGAUCAAAUUGUCUCUUUGCAUUAUUCUGAUAUUUUAAGAUAUUUCGAGACCUCUGAUUUCAAAGAAGACGUUGUAUUAGAAUCAAUGAAAACAAUGUGUCAGAACAGUGCCUUAGUAGCCACACAUCCAUUUCUUUUGAUUGACCAUUUCUUACCGAAAUCGUUGAUUGCUAGAGAUAUUCCAUCACAUUUAUGUGAAACAAGUGGGAAAUUUACUGUGUUGAAAGAUCUGAUCACUUUAGUUCAAGAUUAUGAAACGGAUACUGCUUUAGUGUGUCGUCCUGGUCGGACAAUGGAUCUUGUAGAGGCUUUGUUAUUGGGUAGCAAAAUUGAUAUAAAAAGAUAUGAUUCCAAUUCCAUAAAAUCAAGACAAAAGAAACAGAAAAAAGUGUCAUAUCCUUGUACUGUACAUCUUUUCCCAUCAGAGCAUUGGGAUAUUAAAAACUCUCCAAUAGAUAAGAAUGUUGAAAGAUUUGAUAUGCUUAUUGCAUUAGAUCAUAGCGUGAAUACAAAUAAUAAAGAUAUGAUCAACAUAUUGACCCAUGGUAGAAGAACAAAACACAAAGGAGAUCGUAGUACGGCAACAGAAUCACGAGCCCCUAUAGUUCGAUUAAUAGUAAUUAAUUCAUUUGAACAUUGCGAUUUGUUUUUUAGGGAAAAAUAUAGUGAAGAUACAAGAGAAUACUUGGAAGCAGUGACAGCUGCAGUUGUGGUUUUAAGAGAUAGAGUUGGAGUGUUACCACCUGAUUUACGACCUAUCUAUAAUCAACAUCUAGGAUACCUCGUUGAAUGGUUGGAGGAUCCAUCAUUACCAUGGCCAUUGCCUGAUAUUUACACGAUUAAACAUUAUACUUCAAUGGAUGUGGAAAGAUCGUUACUAAGUGAAGUGAAUUAUACACAGAAUGACGAUUUAGAUAGUGCAUUUUCAAAUACUAAUAAGAAACGGUCUCGUAUGAGUAGACCGCAAUUGAACAAUCAUAAAGAAUCAUCAGUAGAUUCAAACGACAUAGCUAAUUCCACAGUUCCUAGUUUUUAUGAAAGCAAACGAUUAAAAAAUGAUUAUUCAAAAAACCCAACAAAACAAAGAAAGGGUAUUCUUACAGGAAUUAUAGAUAAUCAUGAUAUUUCAAGUGGCAAUUAUCAUUUAUCUAGUGAUAUAUUGACUCAUAGAUUAAUGCAAUCUAUGGCUCAAGUCUAUUACGAUUUAGAAUUACAAAAGAAAGAAAUACAAAUGUAUGAUGACGUUAAUCCUAUUGAGGAAUUUCAUACAAAGUUCUAUUCAAAAGAAGAUAUAGAGAUGAAGGAGAAACUAAAGAAAUGUGAUGGCAGUAUUGAAUCAAACAAAGAUUGUUGCCAAGAUCUAAACAAAGAAAAUAAAUCAUUUUAUCAAGAUACAGAGACAUUGCAAAAACAAUUUGAUGAUAUACUGGAAGUUUUUGCAAAAAAGGGAGAAUUGGCGUCAAAGUUAAAAGAUUUGAUAUUAAAGAAGUACGAUUUAGAAGAGAUUAUAAAGAAGGAAACUAGAAAGAGUGAAUCAAAGGAUAUAGAGAGCGAAUAUAUGAAGAAAGAAAUAACGAGAGCUCAUGACUCAACUGAAGAUUCACUAAAAAAUAUUAACGUGUUAUCGAUGACAUGUCAAAAGAUAGAAGAUGAUCUGAAAAGUGUAUCCAACAAUUUUUGUGUCAAGAGUAAUCAAGUUAGUGAAGAAAUAAAACACCUGAAACAGUUGCAUUCAAAAGAAAAACAAUUAAACAAGGAUUUGGAAGAACAGCUCGAAACUUUGGUUAAGCGUUUACAACAGAUACCUGCUCAAAGAGUACGAACAUCCCAACAAGCAGGUUAUUCUUCGAGAAAAAGGUGA